GCUGUCAGUUAUUUUCAUAAUUAUUUAUUUUUAUUCAUGUUUCUUUCCAGAAUUAUUUGCAUUAGCAAUAUCGUAGUCCCAAUCUCACCAAAACUUCUUAUUAGAAGUGGAAUAUAUAAAUAUCAACUGAAUACAAGACUAAGAACUACAACAUCAGACAUGUCGAAAUCAGCACUGGUCAUCCUUGCCCAAGGCGCUGAGGAGAUGGAGACCAUCAUCACUGUGGAUAUGCUCCGAAGAGCUGGUGUGACAGUGACAUUAGCAGGUCUGGAUGGUAACAGUCCAGUGCUGUGCUCCAGGCAAGUGACUGUGGUACCUGACAAGUCACUGGCGGAUGCACUCGCAGAGAAUCCUCAGUAUGAUGCUGUAAUUCUGCCUGGUGGCCUGGAGGGGUCGGACCGCCUCUCCAAGUCCAGUGUGGUGGGUACACUUUUGAAAGAACACGAGAAGGCUGGCAAGAUCGUCGCUGCCAUUUGUGCUGCUCCGACGGCGUUCGUUGCGCACGGCGUGGCUCAAGGCAAACGUGUGACGUCAUAUCCGACAACCAAAGACAAGAUCGCAGGCGUGCCCGGCGACUACCAGUACGUGGAGGGCGAGAGGGUGGUCGUGGAUGGUAACAUUGUGACCAGCAGGGGACCCGGAACAGCGUACUGGUUUGGACUGACGCUAAUUGCGCUGCUGACCAACAAAGAAAAGGCUGAUGCAGUGGAGAAGGGCAUGAUCAUCACCGGUUAUUAAUUAUAUUCGCUAUUAUCUCAUAUGUAUAAAUCUAUAAUAUUGUGUACUUUAUGUA